AUGUCUGAUUCCAUCGACAGGGUCUUUGUGAAGGCCAUAGCGACCAUCCGAACAUUGUCCACACGGUCUCCGAAGAGUUCGCUUCCCCGUCCGCCGCUGUCCAACCGUGUCAAGUUGUACGGACUUUAUAAACAAGCUACAGAGGGAGAUGUGACCGGGCUCAUGGACAGACCCAUUGGCUCGCGACCGGAAGACGAGGCCGCAAAACGCAAAUGGGACGCCUGGAAACAGGAAGAGGGCGUUUCUCGCACGGAGGCAAAAAGACAGUACAUUUCGUUCCUGAUAGAGACGAUGAGAACCCAUGCCAACGAGUCUGUGGAGGCUCGGGAGCUGCUGAGCGAGCUGGAAUAUCUAUGGGACCAGGUGAAAGACCAGCAGUUAUCGCCCACGUUUGCGGAUCUUGCUCCUGAGCCACCGUUUGCGGCACGAGCACAGUCUCCGGCACUGUCGUUGUACAGACUAACGUCUUCUGGAUCGAACCCCAACAUCGUGCGGCCGGUUUCGCGGAUUUCCAUGGCGAGCGGAUUACAGAUGACGGAAAAGACACACGCACCAACGAUAGGACAACGGACAAUAAGUGGGAACGGGACGAGCGAACCAAUGACGAGAAACUACGAGUUUGUCAAGUGGCAGAACGAUAUCAACUCCACUUUGAACCGCCUCAGCAGCGAUAUCGCCAGCCUGAAAACAAUCGGACUUAGUGCCCAUCUCCAGGAGUCUCCAAAUGGCCACAGAAACAGACCGCGGAAAGAUAGGUCCCGGAAGCCGGUUUCUGCACGGGUCCGCCAACUGGUUGUGCUGGCCAUUGUUCGGCUGUUUCGCGUGACAAAAGGACUUGUGAAGCAGGCUGCGGUCGAUCUGGUUGUAGUUGCAAUCUGUCUUGGGGUGCUUCAUAAUCUGAACCUGGUGCAGGGAUGGGGCUCUGGCCAAGGGCUAGCCCAAUCUUUAAUCAACAGCAAAGAAACUAUAGCACGGGUUUUGCGGGCCUUCUACGAGACAUUUUUGAACCAAAAAACGAAAUUAACAACAACCCCUGGUCACCAGAUUGUUCACGGGUCUAUGGUGGCUGUUUAG